CAGGAUUUCAGCAACCAGAAUUGGAAUAUAGAUAUAAAGCGUUUGAUGCUCAAAUUACCCUAUACCUUGCCAGAAAUAUGGACCCACUGCGAGAAGACGCCAUUCACCACCAGCGCUUCGUCAAGAUCGUCUGCGUUGGCGCUGGAGUCUCAGGCCUGUGUCUUGCGUAUAAGCUUCGGCGAUCUUUCGAGAAUUACUCCCUAACGAUUUAUGAAAAGAACCCCAAGCUUGGCGGAACGUGGUUCGAAAACGUAUACCCAGGCUGUGCCUGCGACGUCCCGUCACACAACUACACGUAUUCAUUUGAGCCAAAGGCAGACUUCUCAUCGGUUCUUGCCAGCUCACAGGAAAUCCAAGACUAUUUUGAGGGAUUUGCUGCCAAGUAUGAGUUGCAACAACAUAUUCAAACGUUGCACCGUGUCACCGAGACGUCAUGGGACCCGCUGAAAGGUCAGUGGCAUAUCACUGUCACGGACUUACAGUCUGGGACGACUGUGGAUGACUGGUGUCAUAUUCUGGUCCAUGCAACAGGUUACCUCAACAAGCCAGCGUGGCCUUCUGUACCGGGCACUGAGGCCUUUCAAGGACCUAAGCUGCACAGCGCGGAGUGGGACGAAAGCGUCUCGCUUGAGGGUAAGAAUGUCCUUUUGAUAGGAUCAGGCGCGUCUAGCGCUCAGAUACUACCGGCAAUUCAGCCGAUAGUCAAGACCGCAAGGGUUUUCGUCCGUACACCACGAUGGACAUUACCCUCCGUCAACUCCAAGAAGGGCAAGUUCUCGCCAGAAGAGAUGGAGAGGUUCGUCAAUGAGCCCAACACGGUUUUGAAUCUCCGGCUAGAAAAUGAACGAACUCUGAACAGCUUUUUCACUAUGUAUAUGAAAGGCACAAUAUUGCAAGACCAGGCCCGGAAGCACUUGGAGAGUGAGAUGAAGAAAGUCAUUUCCGAUCCAGAGAUGCAGAAGAGGCUGGUGCCAGACUUUGCUGUCGGCUGCAAAAGGAUCUUACCUUCGGGAGAUCAAUUCCUCCACGCCAUCAAAGAAGACAACGUGGAAGUCAUUUACUCAGGUGUGAAGUCUUUCACUGAAACCGGCUGCAUCAGUGAAGAUGGACAGUCCCAUGACGGCGAUGUGAUUAUCUGCGCAACCGGAUUCGACACCUCCUUCGUCCCGCGCUACCCUAUACUCUUCCAAGGUCACAACCUUCAGGAUGAUUGGAACGCCUCCAUUACGGGCUACAUGGGCGUUGGGAUCGCCGAAUGCCCAAAUUCGUUCACACUUGCAGGGCCCUGGACGCCAAUCUCGAACGGUCCAGUCAUUGUUGCCAUUGAAUCGCAAACCGACUUUGUCUGCGCGUUCAUCGAUAAAUAUCAGACAGAACCAGGAAUGCAUAGUAUGCAUCUCAAAGCCGCCGCGUCCUAUGACUUCAAAGCCUACGUAGCGCAGGUCACGAAGAAGAUGGUCUGGUCGGACAACUGCCGCAACUCUCACAAUGUCCGCAGCAACUGGGGGCAGUCCUCCAUCACAUGGCCUGGCUCGACUCUCCAUUACUUGGAGGCUUUGCGCGAGCCGCGCUUCGAGGAUUACGACUUUGAAUACAGUGGCAACCGAUUCUCCUGGCUGGGUGACGGCCUCUCUCAAACUGAGUGGGACCCUACAGCGGAUCUGGCAUAUUAUAUCCGAAGCAGCGACGACGGGAGGCAUUUGAGUAGAGGAGCAAGACGACAGGCGAUUUCGAAGAGUGGAACACAACCCACCAGGGAGCUUCACCGGCAGACGAAGCUUUCCACGGCUUAGAUGUAGCAAGAUAUUAAUUUAUUUUGUCGAUGCAACAUCGUUUCAUUCUUUACUGGCAUUGGGUUUGGACGGCUCUUCCGCGGCCGGCACUACUCUGAUUACUUGAAUCCAGUUUGGACACGAUGAAAAGCUGUAUUCAUACGAUUUUAAGUCUGGAC